AUGCAGUUCAUGACAUUGGCAGAUUCCAGUUCAUUUGUCCCUAUCCAGAGUUCAGUCUCGACAUCAACUGCUUCGUCAACACAAAAUGUAGUAUAUGCCGGUUCGUCAUCGUCCUCAAAGCCCACCAGCACCCACAGCGCUGCACCCGUGCUUCAAAUCGCUGACGAUGAAGAUUUAUCUAACGAGACAACUUACAUGGUGGUGUCAGCUCCUGUGGCAAAGGAGGAGGAGCCAUUGUAUGUCAAUGCACGGCAAUAUCAUCGCAUCCUCAAAAGAAGAGCAGCACGGCAGAAAUUGGAAGCGGAAGGGCGGUUGCCAAAAAAGAGACAAAAAUAUCUUCAUGAAUCACGCCAUCAGCAUGCACUUGCCCGUGUGCGAGGUGAAGGCGGGAAGUUCGACAAAGGAAGACACUUAGACUUGGACCAUAGCAUGGAUCAUAAUGGAUCGGAUGCUCCCGAGACAGUGUCUGACAUGGAAGCUAAUCAGAAACGAACUCGGUUUCUUCCAGUGCGUGACACGAAGUGG